GCAGAAUAUUUGGAGGGUCAUAUAUAAUUUUUAUAGAAGAGCAUACUCCGUAUAUAUGAAUAAAUAAACAAUUUUAUCAACCAAAGAAUACAACUAACCACCUAAAUUUAUCUCCUCCGAACAAUUAAACCUAUACAAGCCUUACAAAAAGAAUCACUAACCCUACCAGAAAGAAAACAUAAAUUUCAAAUGAAAUAAUUUCUACUAAAUUCUUCUUGAUGAAAUAUUCCAUCGCUUUUCUGAAUGGGCUUGUAAAGAUCAUACGGUUCCCAGAGAUGAUCCAACGGACAAGGCUUCUUAUCAUCAAGCCUGACCCACGGCUUGCCUUUCCCACUCCAAUGCAACAGACUCACUGGGCCUGGAUGUAGGUCCCUACACGAGCCCAAUGUGUUGUCUCCGCCAAGCCCAUGUUGGUUCCACCGAUGGUCAAUGGGCUCGAGAAGCCCACCAAAAACCAACAAGAAUGGCGGCAAAGAGCCCAACUCGUAAAUCCUCUUCUUCCUCUGAAGGCCCAUCCACCUCUCCAGCUUCCUCCUGUAAUUCCCGGCCCUCCAUCUCUGGAGAUCCAUUACCAUCACCCCUGUAUUGAAAUAACACGGGCUAACCGACCCGAAUACCCGCGGAAGCACCGGGUCGGACCAGAAAGUGUCGGUGAAGUAUUUGGUGAAAUUCGCGUGGCAGUAUUCCGGAGCUCCGAUGACCCGUGACUGUGUGAGAGGGACCUUCCAAAGCUUGUGGAUGUCGUCGACGAGGAUGACGUCGGAGUCCAAGUAGAUGACCCGGUUCACACACGGGUCAAGCAUAUCGCCGAGAUAGUUCCGGGCGUAGUUCAACGGAUUCUCGAGCGCCCGCCGGAUCGACGAGGAAAUGAGGUUAAUGACCCGGUCUUCUCGGAAUAUGUAAACUUUGAAGCUGAGAGAGGGGAAUACGGAUCGGACCUGCUGGGUGAGGACCCGCGGGGUUACCGGGUCAAACUCGGCGGCGAUGAAGUGGAAGAACACAUGCUCCGGGCAGGAGGCGUGGCGGAGGACGGAGUGGACCGCCGCCACCGACCCACGGAGGUACUCGGAGUCGAGGGUCAUCGCUAUGUGAACCAGCGACGGAUCGCAGGACGACACCAUUUCAGUCUCGCAAGCCGGCCGGCUCGCCGCCGGACACUCGGCGCCGUUUCGGUACUCCGGCGCCUCGGAAAACCCAAAUCCGCCGGAUUCUCCGCCCUUUCUGCCAGCAAAAUCCCGAAUCCCGAUGCAAUCGAACGGCAGUAAACAGCCGUAAAAGAGCAGGAUUACAGCUAUUAAUGACCGAACACCAGAAACCCCCAUUUUUUAAAAUAAACCCAGAUUUGUCCAAGAAUCAUCAAAGUUUCUGGUCAAUCCAUCCCAUUUCCCCUCUUACCUAUAGAAAUGGAAAUGAGGGAAAGAAAAAGCAGAGAGGGAGAGAAAGGAAAGCUCCAGAGAAAAUUUGUCAAUACAUUGCAUUGUAUUG